AUGGCUCCCCGCGGGUCGCUGCUGCUGCUGGCGCUGCUGGUGCUGAGCUGUGCCCUGCCCCGCGCCCCCGCCCAGCACUGGUCCCACGGCUGGUACCCGGGGGGCAAGCGGGACCUCCGGACCCCCCCGAACCUCCAGAUUAUCCACCCUGGAAUUUCCCCCCCGGAAUUAACCACCCCCGGGGGUCCCGGCCCCUCUCGGGCGCUGCCGCCCUCCCCCGUGUCCCCCCCGUCGGGAGGAUCCGCUGCCGGUGUCCCUGUCCCCUGGGGGGGUGUCCGCGUCCUGGGGGAGUGGAGUCUGUGUUCCCCGGGGGUGGCCGUGUCCAGUCAGGAUCCCUGUCCCACGGGGGUCUCUGUGUCCCGUGGGGUGGGUGUAUAUCCCGCGGAGGUGUCCUUGUCACUCAGGGGGCUGAUGUGGGGCCCGGGAGGGUUUGGAGGCGCUGGAUCUGGCACUGGGGCCGAGUUCAGGGCCGAGGUGCUGCAGAAGAAGCGGGAGGAGCGUCUGGGCGGGGAGAACUCCGCGGAGCUGCUGGAGGAGCACCGGCGCCUGAUGGCCUGGAAUGACGAGGAGAACGCCCGGCAGCGGGCACGAAGAGAGGAGAGACUCAGGAAAGAGGCGGAGGAAGAGAAGAGGAGGAAGUUGGAGGUCGCGGAGAAGCAGGCCAGGAAAAUGGAGGCUUUCAUGAAGGAGAAGGAGCAGGAGGUUCUCCAGCUGCAGGAGGAAGCCAAAAGCUUCAUCACCCUCGAGAACCUGGACGCGCGGAUCGAGGAGUGCCUGGACAACCCGCGCAACUACAACUUCGCCAUCGACAAGGACGGGCGGGUCGUCAAGCGUACGGUGCUGUCGUAGCAGCCCCAGCAUGGGGCUCCUGGCCUGCUUUUGUGCCCAGAGCCUCCUCCCCAGAAGACCUGGAGUUCUUCUUUUUAAUGUAUAAAUUGACCACGGAAGUGGUGGAGAAAGGCCGCGGGGUCUGGCUGUGCUGCUUCCGAAGGGCGAACGCCGGCGGGAAGGGGGGUGAGGGGGAAACUCGGGCUUUUUGGAGGCUCCAGCUGCCUGGCUCAGCCCUGUGUGGCUGUUGCUGUGCCUGUGAUUCCACCUCCCACAUGUUUGGAUCCCUCCUGCCUUCACACACAGCAUGUGGGGAGAGAAACAGGAGCAGUCAGGAGGCAGAUCUUGGCUCUCAGCUCUGUGCUGUCAGCCCCUCUGGAUGCUUCCGAAGGGAAAUGAGGGCUGAAUGGAUUUUUAGAGAACACUGGCCCUCCUCUUUUUUUUGUUGUUGGGUGAAAGAAUUAAUUAUUCUUCCUGAUUUCUGCUGGGCUGGGAGGACCUGUCAUCCCUGGUCACGCUUUGAACCCUCCUUUGCACAUCCCUUGGUGUGGCUGAAUGAGAAAAUAUGUCUGGAUUAUCUGGAA